UUUGUGUAUUUUCAAGUGUGUACUGCCCCCUUCCGUUGCGGAGUGGAUAUGAUGGGGUUUUAAAUCUGAGUUUUCGCGUACAGUCCUGUUCUGCCUAGAAAUCGAAUCACUUUCCUUUGUGUUUUCUAUAUACAUAAAUUAAUGUGACCCCUUUCUAACUUCUUGUACCAUUUUUUUCUAUCAUAAGCCUUUCAGAUGAGUAUUGUGGGCAAUGCUUAAAAUCAUCUUGUUUUUGAACUGAAUCACAAACCGUGACUCAGCAUUUCUCUGAAUAUACUAUGUAAGGUUUGAUUUAGUCACAUGUGGAAAAAAAAUUAAUCUAAAUAAGAGCGCUCUAUUUAAGUAAACUUUUAAUUCUUCUGUCUGCGGGUCAAAUGUCUACAGGUCACACGCCAAAAAUGAGCGAGGACGUGUAAAUAUUUUACAGCUGUCUUGCCGUACACUACUGAUGCCAAGAAUACCGAGUAAUUCGACAACGAGCUUGCCAUACAGGGUGACCGCUGGAGAUUUCUCACAGAGGCAUGAUGGGACGUGUAGUCAAAUCCGAUUAAAACAGUGUUACGAAACCUGCCACUAACGUGCUCAUGUAAGCGGUUGUGUAAAGCGGAGUAGGUUACGUGAGCGGCUGUUUUCUGUUCGCUUCCUUGUCUUUCUUCCCUCAGAACGAGCGUUCAGACUGACUGCACCUGAAAAGGCCGGUCCCGAAGGCUUCCGCCGUGUAUGCUGCUCCGUGUGUGGAACAGGUCUCUGCUUCCCACCGCACCGAGGCUCGCGCGACUCCCCGGUCAGGCUCGCGGACCGAAACCCUCCAUCAUGUCGGAGAAGAAACGCAAGGCGCCGACCGCCGCCGCGGGAGGCAAGAAGCCCAGCGCCAAGCAGCCGAAGCUGGAGAAGGCGGAGAAAGCCGCGGGCUGGCUGCAGAGUCUGGUGGAGCAGCAGAGGGAGGAUAAGAAGGACGUGAAGUUCAACAAGAAGCGCCAGCGGUUUCUCACCGACACGAAGACGGUCAAGCAGGGCGCGGAGGGGGUGCUGUACUGGAUGCAGAGAGACCAGAGGGUGCAAGAUAACUGGGCCUUGAUCCGUGCGCAGCAGCUGGCUGCAAAGGAAGAACUCGCCCUGCACGUGUGUUUCUGUCUGGUGGUCCCGAAAUCGGAGCUGUCCACACUGAGGCAUUACGCUUUUCUGCUGAAGGGGCUGCAACAAGUCGAAAGGGACUGCAAGCGGCUGAACGUCCAGUUCCACCUGCUGCACGGGGCUCCGGGAGAAGUGCUGCCCGGCUUCGUGUCUGAUCGCGGUUUGGGCGCCGUGGUGACCGACUUCUCGCCCCUCCGAGAGCCUCAGAAGUGGCUGAACGACGUCAAAAAGAAGCUUUCCAAGGACAUCCCUCUCAUACAGGUUGAUGCCCAUAAUAUUGUUCCCUGCUGGGUAGCUUCACCCAAGCUGGAGUACUCUGCCAGAACCAUCAGAGGAAAAAUCACCAACCUUCUGCCUGAGUUCCUCACUGAUUUCCCUCCGGUAGAGAAACACCAACACACUGCCACGAGGACAGCCAAACCUGUAGACUGGGAGCAGACCUUGGCCUCCCUGGAUGUUGACAGAACAGUAGGGGAGCCUCAGUGGGCCAAGCCCGGCUCAGAAGCCGGCAUGGCCAUGCUGGAGUCCUUCAUCGAUGUCCGCCUGAAGCUGUUCGCCACCCAGCGCAACGACCCCAACAUGGCCGCUCUCAGCCAGCUCUCCCCGUGGAUUCGCUUCGGCCAGCUUUCAGCCCAGCGUGUGGCGCUGCAGGUCCGGCGCUGCGGGAAAAACGCCAGCGAGUCUGUGGCUGCCUUCAUCGAGGAGCUGGUGGUGCGCCGGGAGCUGACCGACAACUUCUGCUUCUACAACGAGAAGUACGACAAAGUGGAAGGUGCUUAUGAGUGGGCCCAGAAGACCCUGAAGGACCAUGCCAAAGACAAGAGGGAGUACAUUUACACCCGGGAGCAGCUGGAGAAAGCACAAACACACGACAAGUUAUGGAACGGAGCUCAGUACCAGAUGGUAGCUGAGGGGAAGAUGCACGGCUUCUUGAGGAUGUACUGGGCCAAGAAAAUCCUGGAGUGGACCCGCUCGCCAGAGGAGGCGCUCUCCAUCGCUCUGUACCUGAACGACCGCUACGAGCUGGACGGCCAGGACCCCAACGGCUUCGUCGGCUGCAUGUGGUCCAUCUGCGGCAUCCACGACCAGGGCUGGGCGGAGAGGCCGGUCUUCGGGAAGAUCCGCUACAUGAACUACAAAGGCUGCCUCCGGAAAUUCAACGUAGCUCAGUUUGAGAGGAAGUACUGUCCCAAAAAGGCCUGAAGCGCGGUGCGCUUGAAAGAAUAUAGAGGAAAUGUUUGAUGAGCUCCAUGUCUUGCAUUUUCCCUCAGGGAGUGUUUUUAAUGUCUUUUAUGCUGUGUUUUCAGAGAUUAUUCUCAUCUCUGAAAACAUCCAGUAUUCUAUAUUGGGCCUUUAUUUCCUUGGUUUUCUUUUAAACUCCACCAGCUUAAACAAACUGUGUUUUCAUAUAUACAUGUUGAUUUUUUUAUAUUCUAUAAGCCUGAUUCUGCAUUGUUUUGAUGCUGACUGGAGUUACUGUUACAGCUCUUGUGUGUAUUUUUUUAUUUAUUUAUAUUUUUUGGCCUGUAUAAUUCUGUUGCCAAAAACAGAUCAACUAUAGAGAGAACUUUGUUUUAUGUGUUAAUUUCUCCAUUCUGACUGUAAUUAAUCAGGAACUGCAUCAUACUUAUUAAGAGUUUAUUCCCAACCAAGUUGAUUCUUCUAGCACUUAAACUCAAAUUCAAAAAUACCGUAUUGGUCCCAAAGGGAAAUUAGACACUGUGGUAACUCUUAUUAAUUCAGAGUUACUCCGUUACAGUAGAUGGUGAAGGCUGUGGGUUGGAAAGAUUGCCUGUAAUCUGUGAUCUUCUUCAUCUCUGAUAAUGUUCCUCUGCAGUUCAUUCUCCAGCUUCUUCCCAAAUCCUCAAAAACUCUGUCUUGUUCCUCCAAGGCUUUUCUUUGAGGAACAACCCUGAUGGAUAACCAUCAGGGUUGAUGGUUUGGUUGGUUACUCAGUCCUCAGUUGUGGACGUCCUCUCAUCCGGCUGGCAAAGAGCGAUCCGAUCUGUUGCUUCUUCAGCUGCCUGUGACCUCUUUCUGCCUCUGAACAAGCGGUUCAUAUUUAGAGCAGAGAAAAACAGGGAUAUAAGUAGCUAAUGCACAUUGUUACCUCUGUGUUUUCUAAAUGUCAAUCCCAACCAACAGCUUUGAUAUUUAUUUUUUAACAAACAUGAAAAAACUGGCAGCAACAACAAUUAAUGGGCGAAAAAAAAAAAACUCCUUUGUCAAAGACAAAGUGAUAUGAAACUGUGUGCCUAUAUAAAGGCUCCUGUUUCAGACCAAUUAGGGAGCGAGCUUUCAUUCAGCACACAUGUAAUUAAAGAAAACAACACCUCUCCAGUCCAGCCUAAUUAACUGCAUUCUUAGCGGUGGAUAAAAACAGUCUCUGAAGGAGAUGCUGCAACUGAAACCAGUUUGCUAAUUAAAAUGUGAAUCCCCUCCUGUUCCCCUCGUUUCAGAUAAAAAAAAAAAAACCUGUGUAUUCUCUCUGAUGUUUUUUAAAUAUCAACUCGUUGAAGCUGGGGAAUCUACAGUUACAGAGCUGAGGGAUUAAAGGUGACGCUUUAAUCCUUCUGGUUCCCUGUUGACACUUCUGCAGUAAAUGUUGCAUUUGUUCAAUUAAAACUUGGACUAUUAUAAUUUGGCUCAUUUUUCAUAUCUGGUCUCCUGAAGAAAUAUAUUUUUUAAGCUUUUCCUUUUAAAGGGGCGGUAUUGUGUUAUCCAGUAGAGUUGAAUCACUUGAUAGCACAAUGAGAUAACUGUUUGCUUUAGUUGUAAUAAAAAUUAUGUAUAUGUCUUAAAAUAAAUUUGACUUUGUAAUUUUAA